AUGCCCCUCGGAGACUCGAUCACUGGCAGCCCAGGCUGCUGGAGAGCUCUACUGUGGAAGAAGCUUCAGGAUAACAAUAUCAAGAAUAUCGAUUUUGUCGGAACUUUGCCACCGCAGGGAUGUGGUUUCGACUACGACGGAGAUAAUGAGGGCCACGGUGGCCUUCUUGCGACAGACCUUGCUCGGGAGAGUAGACUAGAGCGUUGGCUUGGGGAUACGAAACCCGAUAUUGUCAUGAUGCACCUCGGCUCAAACGACGUGUGGAGUACGAAGAAGCCCGAGGAGAUUCUUGGCGCAAUGGAUAAGCUGGUUGACCAAAUGCGGGCUAGCCAAGAAAGCAUGAAGAUAUUGGUGCGUAUUCCCUCGCGAGCUUUCUUUGGGCAACAUGACCACCAGACAUGA